GUCUACGAUGAGGCCCUUUUUUGUGGGUUGUUAGUUGGCGGUCACUGGGGGUGGGUGCAUACCUUGGAGAUGGGGAGGCGGUAGCUGAGGGAGGCGUGGUCUGUGCACUGAAGGAGUUCGUGUCCAAAGUAGGUUGUGCUUUUUGAUUUGGAGCGGGCGAUGGCGUUGGGGAUGAGUUGGGCGGGAGUGUCGGUGCCGCCGAUGCCGGCCUUGAUGGUGUGCCCGCCGUUAUCGAGUACGAUGGUUGGGGUCAUGGGGCGUGGGAACUCUGAUUAUGUGUAUCGCUUUCUGGACUCUCGACCAUCCGGAUUACGCUCUGAUUCUGUGCACCAACCGCGAUGAAUUCCUCGAUCGACCUACUCUUGAUGCUCGUUUCCAUUCUUUCGGGCACGAUGGCGCUGAUGGUGAUGUCCUCUCAGGGAUCGACGUCCUCGGCGGCGGGACGUGGUUUGGCGUGACUCGCGCUGGGAGGAUCGCCCUGUUGACGAAUAUCACGGAGCCGCCGCCUGCGCAGAGCUUCGAGUCCCGGGGCGCACUUGUCUCAGCGCAUUUGUUGGGCGAGGUGAUUCCCCGGGAUACGAGGUUUGCGGGGUUCAAUAUGCUGCGUCUUGUCCCGAGGUGGGAGGAGGAGGAGGGGGGGAGGCUCGCCUUUGACGGGGUGUUUGUGUCGAAUGCGGGGGCGGGCGGGAUGGUUGAGGAGCGGGGCCUCCGGGAGGGCCAGGGCGGGUUCUCGAAUGCUGUUGAUGGGGAGGGGGAGGAGUGGGACAAGGUGAGGGAGGGUAAGCAAGAGUUUGCGAGGAUCCUCGAGAGUGGGGGGGAUCUCGUCGAGGGGUUGUUUCGUUUGCUCGGUGAGCACCCGUCUGAACGCGUCGUGCACCGUUCUGAGCUCAAGAAGGCUAUCCAAGUCGUGCCCAUGUUGAUAGAGGGAAGGAUGUACGCUACCCGCUUGUCGACGGUCGUGCUCGUCGGCAGGGACGGGAGCGUGCUCUUUGUUGAGCGGGAUAUAUGGAAGCCAGAUGGGACAAAGGCAAGUCCCGGUUCACAACGGCUCUAUCGCUUCCAAUUGGAUGUAAUUCUAUAAAUCCUGUAUCCAAAAUAUAUAUAUAAUCGUAAUCGCAUGCGUGAAAAAAAAAAAAACACAACAUUGAGGGGGAUAUACUCGCAAGUCCAAUGUACGUUACAACGAGUCCAAGAUGUAGCUAGCUAAAAACAUUCAAAGACGUCCAUUCGUUCAGGUAAUGAUAUGGUUAUACAUUCCCCCGUGUUCAUUGGACUGCAUGGGAAAGUAGGGGUUGUAGUUGGGCGUCGACAUGGUGUUCCAUUCGUGCGGUGAUACCCCGCCUGGGGGGGAGCUGUUGUGGAACGGCGGUCCGCCGUGUGUGCUGCUCGACGCCGAUAGAGGUGUCAGGAUCUCGCUGUCCGUCGGGGUAUUGCUAUCGUACGUCGGGCCUUCUGGUUCGUUGGUCCUAAACCUGAGUCACCAAUAAGCCAUAACGAAAGAGAAAUAUAUAUA